AAACUUUUUCAAAAAUUUCAAGCUUUGAUUGCUUUCACAUCUCCAAAGCUGUAAAUCGGUACACGCUUUAAAAUGCUUUAGAGCCACCCCCUUCCUUCUUUGCCAAUGCCACUAAUGGCCUUCGCCAUUGCCGUUCUGUUUGCCCACUAAACGACGCCACUUUCUACUUCUCUCCCGGAAUCUACCCGAGAAAAACCAAACUCUUUCAUUUCUACCCUGCUCAUGGGUUACCUCUCUUGCAAUGCAGAGUCGGCGGUUGCCGUUUGUGACCCUUACAACUGGGACUAUUAUCGUAGAAAAAAAUCCCAAAAAAACAAACCUAGAAAAACCAGAAACAAAGUUGAAAUCAGACAGUUUCUUUACACUGAUCUCCUUUCUGCAACCAACGAUUUCUCUUCCGACAGCUUCCUCGGCAAAGGAAGUCACGGUUCUGUCUACAGGGCCGUCCUGGACAACGGCAAGUUAAUCGCAGCAGUUAAAAAAACGACAGCAAACUGUAGCAGCCCCGCGGACAACGAGAUUGAGAUUCUCUCCCGAGUUUAUGAUACUCAUCUCGUCAAUCUCCUAGGUUACUGUUCCGAUAUACUUUGUAAGAAUAAAUUAAUCGUCGUGGAAUACAUGCCCAACGGUUCUUUGUACGAUCUUUUACAUUCUUCUUCUAGACCGCCAGGUUGGACCAGGCGUGUUCGGUUCGCUUUACAGGUUGCCAAAGCGGUUCAGGCUUUACAUUCGUCUAACCCACCUGUGAUCCAUAGGGAUAUAAAAUCAUCCAAUGUUUUGAUUGAUGAAAGCUGGAACGCUAGGUUGGGUGAUUUCGGUCUUGCAUUGAGAGGACACGUGGAGGAUGUACGGGUUAAGUGCACACCACCGGCCGGGACGCUAGGAUACCUCGACCCCGGAUAUUUGGCGCCGAGUGACGUCAGCACUAAAAGUGACGUGUUUAGUUACGGCAUUUUGUUAUUGGAGAUUAUCGGCAGGCAUGCCAUUGACUUGAAUUAUAGUCCGCCGUCGGUCGUUGACUGGGCGGUUCCGUUGAUCAAGGGAGGAGAUUCAGCGAUUUGCGACCGUCGUGUCGGGCCGCCGGUGGAUAAGGAGGUGGUCCGGAGUUUGGCGGUGUUGGCGGCUAGGUGCGUGAGGUCCACGGCGGAGAAACGGCCCGGCAUGGCGGAUGUGGUGGAAUGCUUGAGGUGGUGCGGAAAGAGAGUUCAUGCGGGACCCGUUUGGAGUAACCUAAGGCGGCGCGUGAAACGCGUAGAUAAGCCGUUGGUGAUGAAUCAGGUGUUUGAAGGGAGCGAGGAGGUGGUACGGAGUUCGAGGUGUUGGAGUAGGAGAAACAGCCGAAAGGUAUCAAGUGUGACAAAUGUAGAUCACGACAGUGAAGUAAUUGGUGAUCGUGUAGUAACGAAAUCGAUUGGUUCAUUUGGGGAGACGGCGAUGAUGAAGAGGAUGGGGCCCGCAGAGCUUGAUCUAGACGGUGACCACGUGGCAUUGGUAAGAAAAAAGCCGGGAGUAACGGUGAAAAUGCCGGUCAUGAAGCUGAGCAAGUCGAGGUCUAUGGGAGUUCUGCAAAGUCCGAGACUACUGAAUCAAAGCAGCAAAAAAAAUAUGUUCGAAAUUGGGAGGAGAAGGAACUCGACUGACUUCGAUAUGUCAAAAUUGGUUAUCAGUUUUGAUGACUACAAAUUGGACAGAAAGAUGUCAGAACAGCCCUUGUUUUUAGUUUAAGAUGUCUCAAAGACAAAGAUUUGAUGUUGUUUGAUGAUGGAUUUUGAAAUAAAGAAGGAAGGGAACUAUCCAAACUCCAAAAGGGUAUGUUUUAAAUUCUGCUUCAUUGUUCGUUAAUUACUAUAAUGCCGGUUUCUGCAGGCGGGGGCUGUCGUUCUCUUAUUGCUCUUGGCGGCGAAACAGUGAAAGAUGGAAUCCAUCAACUUACAACACGUUAUCUUUUCCAGGGCCAAGGGGCUGCUUCCUUUCAGAAAUUUAAGUCACUCAUAUACUCCCAACUGUAUGUAGUGGAAGACUUUAAUUAUUUCUUUGUAUUUGUCGUACCUUCUGAUGAUUUUGUAGUUUAUAAUGAUUCGAUUCUGAUGAAUUCUGUUUGUAAUUGUUUACUUGUAGUUGAAAUUAUUCCAAGAAUGAAACGAUUGACUGUUUGUUGAUUGGUCUAUUUAUAUCCAAUCCUCAUAAUUUAGCA